AUGUGUUACAGCGCGCACACUCUACGUUUGCUGUGCCUCCUCCCGUGUCUGGCCCAGGUGGGUGCCCAGUGCUCCCUGACGCGGCAUGUGCUGUACGUGGAAAAGGAAGGGUGCGACUUCUGCGUGGCCAUCAACACCACCAUCUGCGCCGGGUUCUGCAUGUCACAGGAUCUCAACAUCAAAACCCUUCUGCCAAAGAUGGCCCUGACGCAGAGAGUCUGCACCUACCGGGAGAUCGACUACAUCUCCAUCAGGCUGCCGGGAUGUCCAGCCAACGUCGACCCCGUUUUCAGGUUUCCAGUGGUCCUGAGCUGUGUGUGCAGCCAGUGCCUGACUGAUACCACAGACUGCACCAGUGGCAUCGAAGCACCCCUCUACUGCACCAAACCUCAAUGGAACAUCCCCUCCUCUCGCUCUCCCAUCCUCUCCCUCUCGGAUAAUGCACAGCAGCGGGAAAGUCUUCCUGUUCUUCCUCCCUUCUAUUAGAUCUUCAUUGAUCCUCACAUACCUCUUCCUCACAAUCAGAUUCACUUAUCACACGAAAUACAUCAUUCGCGCUCACAACCAAAGUAUCAUACGGGGGUGCUGGGGGCAGCCCACAAGCAUCAUCAUACAUUCUAGCACCAACACAGCAUGCCCACCACGUUCAGCAAACCACACAAACAACAGCAGCGAAACAAGCCCCUUUCCCACCCACAAGGACAGUCAUCCAACCCCAGGCCUCCAGUGGGCUCACGGACAUCAAGCCUCCA